AGUCACUGACAUAGAAGUUAUUGAAGUGACAAUGUGUAUGAUUCACUAAUAUAUUCAUAAUUGUUAAGUAAAAUUAUAUAGAUAUCUCUGUAGUGCGUAAAAGCUCCAAAUAGCAAAACUCCCAUAUAGUCACCUGAUAUCAGACCGUGUGAAAGAGUUAAGAAAUGAACAUUUUAAAAAGUAGUAAGAAGUUAAAGGCACAAGUUGGGGAUGGGGUAGAUGGCUAGGCCUAAUGCUCUCGAUGCAGCCGUCAUUUCCCAACUUGCAAAUAUAAAACACAACAAAUUGUACGUGAAGCGAGCAGUGUUGGUGUCCAGGCAUCGACUCCUUCUAGCGCCGCCUUUGGAUCUCAAGGGUCGCCGUGGGAAAGGACAAAACACAAACGCAGACACGCUCCAAAAUCUCUAAUUUUCUUCAUCAGUGCUUAACCUUAAACAAUAGCCGUGAAAACAGCCAUUGUGGGGAGAGAAUUCCCCUGAAAACAGCAUCCAAGAUGAAAUCAAGGGUUUUGCUGAAACCUGUCUUAAUUUCUCAAGGAAUUUUAGGGAGGGAGAAACCAUAGAGAAACAUUAUUUUAAAAGCUCUGUGAUGAAGCAAUAUCACAGAAGAGGGAAUGUUGUUUAAGGUAUAUCAGCCAAAAACAAUCAACAGUACAACAGCAAUAUUAUGCAGAAUUGUUAAUGUCAAGUAAGGGUAAUUUGAGUGACAGUUCACAGUUAUUGCGUGUGUUUUUCACUCAUUUACAUACUUUUAUUGGAAACUUAACAGUGUUUGACAAAAUUGUAUUGGUUUUCUUGAAGAAUUGCCUGUACACAUUUGGGAAGUAACGUAGGUCAAAUACUUUGUAAGUGCACUUAAGCACAGUUUUCAUGUGUCUGUUCUUUACUUUAGUAUUUAUUUCAUUGACAGGUUUUUACUUCAACAUUUUAACACAUCUGUACUUUUUACUCCUUAUAAUCAAGGAGAAUUAUCGAUAAUUGUUUAAUUUUGGAUCAUUGUGCGCCUUCCCAACUUCAAGACCGAUUACACCUAAAAGGAUUGGACGAUACAACACAGACAAUCCCUCCGUGUCUACAUCAGUGUAGGCCUAUAUCACACACAGACACAGGGCUGACACCUCCUGGUCGCUUGGUAGAUGCUCUUGUCCAACCAGUAGUCGCCCGUGUCGACCACCAGAUGUCACCAGAUCUCACUUCUCAACGCCAAAUCUCACCAUUUGUAUGCUGCUUCACAGAUAAGCGAAUCUGGGAGGAGAUAAUGACUUAAAACCAGUUUCUGCUUAUUUACACCAAGCAGCGUCGCUGGACGGUCAGAGGCUCCGGCUAACUCACCAGUCCAUGUUCAAAACGCACUUUAGUCUUGAAGAGAAACAGACGCGAUGUUCUCAAACUGCACACCGCAGAACACCAGCAACGCCGAAAACCUAACCGACGUGUACGAGGCGGCGCGGUGGAUACAGCUCUCCAUGGCCGUCCUGAGCAUUGUCGGCUCAGGAUCCAUCUUGGUGUUUUCAGCUUCACAGAAACUCUUUCAAUCGCAGGAGGUGCGCCCCCUGCUGCUCCUCAGUGCGGCGGACCUCCUGCUGGCUGUCAGCUGGCUGGUGGGGGCCGCUCUCUACACCCCGGACCCCGAGACACACCCCGCCUGCUGCCACCUACACACUGUGGAGCAGAUCCUCUACACGACGUCCUUCUUCUACACGCUCCUCUACGUGUGGAGGCUGACCUCCGACCUCAGGAGCAGACUCAACUGCAGCAUCAGUGGAUUCAUGGCUGAGGUCAGCCCGCUCACAUCCUACCUGCUCACAUCCUACCCCCUCACAUCCUACCCCCUCACAUCCUACCCUCACAUCCUACCCCUCACAUGCUACCCUCACAUCUUACCCCUUCACACCCUACCCUCUCACAUCCUGCCUCCUCAAAUCAUGCCCUCACAUCCUACCCCCUCACAUCUUAACCCCUCACAUCUUAACCCCUCACAUCCUACCCCCUCACAUCUUAACCCCUCACAUCCUAACCUCACACCCUACCCUCACACCCUGCCC